AUGGGGAACUGCCUGGUGAUUCAGGACAGGAAGGAGAUCAUCAAGAUCAUGAGCGUGGAUGGCAGCAGCGAAGUCCUCAGGGUGCCAUCCCCGAGCAGAUUGAUGAAGGUCCAUGACGACUCCCUCGGCGAGCCCCAGCCCCUGCCAGCGGCGAGCGUUCUUCCGGUGAACGCACCGGCGGGCACGGUCAGGGUGAAGCUGGUGAUCAGCAAGCGGGAGCUCAAGAAGAUGCUCGACAAGGAGGGCGUGUCGCUGGACGACGUGGUGUCUCUCAUGCGCAAAGAAGCAAGUGAUUCUGAACAGGAGGAGGGGUACUGCUGUGGGGGGUGGCGGCCUGCGCUGGAGAGCAUACCAGAGGGCAGUGAUCUAUAG